AUGAUGAUGUCAGACAUUGCUAAAGACAGAGCUGCUCAUUCAUUGAAGAAAAGGGGCAGUAUGACUUCUCUCAGUAGUCAUGAAUUCCCCCGGAAGGAAAUGCACAGGCCCCCUAAAGCCUCCAUGAGUACUGUGUCUUAUAUGGAUGCACCUAACCAGCAUGAUGAUGUCUCUCACCUUACAGUUCAGAUGGAAAACUCCUAUCAGCUGGGUCCUACCAAACAUUUUCCUGUGGUCGCUGUCAAUGAUAUUUUGAAAGAUGUGUUAACUAACUACCUACAAGAAGAAAAAUAUGAACCAGAACUCUGUAGACAGAUGACUAAAACGAUUUCUGAGGUUAUUAAAGCCCAAGUCAAGGACUUGAUGAUUCCACGAUAUAAACUAAUUGUGAUUAUUCACAUUGGACAACUAGACAGUCAGAGCAUAUUUAUUGGAAGCAGAUGUCUCUGGGAUCCUAAAAGUGACACCUUUUCAUCUUAUGUUUUCCGAAAUUCUUCUCUCUUUGCUCUUGCAGGUGUCUAUGCAGUUUACUUUGAGUGA